AUGUCGCACCUUCGUGACCGCGAUCUACAACGCUUCUGUCGCGUCACCGUCCAUCGCCGGGGUGACUUCGAAGGCAAGAACCGAGAUCGCGAUGUCGAAAUCUAUGAACUCCUCGAUGCGCGAGGUGGAUGGCAGAGUCACGAUGCCUUGAACGAUGUCAACAUUGUCCAAAUCCUGGUUCCAGAGACAUCAGGAGCGCUAGGCUUGAACGAAAGGUGGGUGGACGGUGAUGGGAGCAAGGACGAGUUGAAGAAGGGUGUGUUCGCAGAUCUGGACGCAGCUAAAGCUGUGCCUGUGAUGAAAGAGCAGAUCGCCCGCCUGUUGGUUUGA